AUGCAGUUCCCGUUCCGCCGCGCGCCGGCGUCGCCGGCGCCCAUGACGAUGCUGUCCCUCCCGAGCAAGACGCCGCAGGGCUUCGCGGAGGACACCUCGGCCGCGGAGGGGGACGGCGACCUGAGGGAGUUGCUACACUGCCGCAGCCGCCUCGUCCAGACCUACUCGGACAAGAAGGGCGCCGCGGCCACGCGCGGGGACCUCCUACGCGCGUACGUCCGCGAGCUCGACGCCAUCGCCCCGCGCUUCGACGAGGCGGCCGGACGGCACCGGCUUUGCUUCGCGUGGCGGGACGCUGGGACGAUCCGUCGCCGGACGCACACCACGCUGUCCGCCGAGCGGGCGGUGGCGCUGUUCGCGCUGGCCACGGAGCAGGCCCGCGCGGCCGCGGAGGAGGACAGGCGCGAGGCCGACGGGAUACGGCGCGCGUGCGCCGCGCUCUGCGACGCGGCGGGCCUGCUGAGGGCGGCGUCGGAGGGGGGAGACCACGCGGCGAGCUGCCAGCUGCGGCACAUGUCCGGCGCGUGCAUGGCAGCGUUCGAGGCGCUGAUGCUCGCCCAGGCGCUCGAGUGCUACUUCGAGCUCGUCGUCGCGGGAGGCAAGCCGGCGGCGCUGUGCUGCAAGAUGGCCCAGCAGGUGAGCCUGGACUACGACCGGGCGCACCGCUCCAUGACGGCGCACGAGCAGCACCAGAUCGACAAGUCGUGGCCGGCGAACGCGCAGGCCAAGGCGGCCUACUUCCGCGGCGAGGCGUGCCUGCGGUCGGCGCGGCUGCUGCGCGAGAACGGUGACGGUGCCGGCGGCGGCGUGGGCGAGGCGAUCGCGCGGCUGAGGCAGGGGCUGGCGUCCCUGGAGGGCGCCAAGGGCGCGCUCGGGAGGGCGGCUGCGCCGGUGCGGGACGCGGUGAAGCGGCUCCGGAAGGAGGUGGAGGCCGAUCUGGCGGCGGCCGAACAGGACAACUGCAGGAUCUACUACGCGCGCGUGCCAACCGCGGCCGCGCUGGCCGAGCUGCCCGGACUACCGCAGCAGCUCGUGCGGCCCACCGCCGUGGAAAAGAUCCUCGAGCGGGGAGCUCUGGACAAGGCGCCGCCGGCGGCGGCGGCUGAAGAAAAAACGAGCUAG